UGUUCCAUAGCUGUUGUGGAAUGACAGUCCAUCUUCCUCCUCUUCCAAAGAGGUGGAGUUUAACAAGACCAGGACCAGGAGGAGAGGGUGUUUGUGGUGGCAGCGACCACAAAAUAUAGAGUUGCAGUUUCUCAGGAUUGUUUUUAUUGAACUGAACCCAACACAUGCAUUUAAGUGUAAAACAUUUAUAUAAAGUAAAUGUAAUUGGUUACUGUAUUUAACUUUUUUUCUUGUACAGUGUAAAGUUGUAGGAGUGCUUAUGCUUGAGUACAUUUGAAAGCAAAUACUGUUGUACUUAAGUGAAUUUCUGAAGGCAGGACAUUGAGUGUACUUUAAGUAUCUCCACUUAAACGUGAACAAACCCAUCAAGAUGUUCCUUGAGUGGACACUUCUACCACAUGGUGAAAUUGCUGUGCUACUGAAGCUCUCAGCGGACGAUGUCCAGUUGAAAUUUGAGGACAUAUUCUGUUUAAAAAAACAUCAGACAUGCUUGAAGGAGGCAGCCCUGUUAGACUACUUUGUUGGAGGAUUUUGGUGGGCCAAAGAGAUGAACUUCACCUGUCAGCAAAGCUCAUUUAUCAUGGCUCUUUUACAACUGUUACUCGACAACAUAAAAGUUCACUCUGUUUCAGACAAGCAGAUGCCCUUUGCUGAGAAUUUCAAGGCGUUUACCCAGAACCUGCUCGCAACCAGAAUGUCAUCAUCAGACACUGCUGUUAAUCCGUUAUUUGAUGUGGAUCAAAUCAAAUCCAUUACGGAUUACUUCAAGAGCAGUCUUUUCCAGCACUACAGACUAUAUCAGUUCCUCUUCACUCAGCCGAGAGAGGAGAUGAUCCUUAGAAUGGAGAGAAGCAUUGAGGUGGCAAAUUCAGCUGAUUUCGCUGCUCCCCUGGAGGAAGGCAUGCCUCCUGAACUGGACGACAUCGGCCUGGCCCCCUCCCCUGCUGCUUCUCCCCCUCAGGGGAAGGAAGAAUGUCUAAUAAAGGAUGAAGAAGAACCUAAAGAAUAUCAACAGGGGGAAAUACACGAAAUCCCAGAAGACUAUGGCGUAGAAGAUGUCCAAGAAAUGCUUGGAGAUGUGACCAAAGAGAUGCUAGCUAAACUUCAGGCCGACUUCACAGAGCGGCUGCGCAUUCUCGAGGACUCCUACGUCUCCAGGUUAGACAGCCUUAAGAGGGUGGCGUCCAAAUAACAGCGCAGACAGACCUGGAGGGAGAUUUUCCACCGAGCUUUUAUUAACUAAAUCACAUUACCAACCAUCCUCCUGUCUUUUUCUGCUGCAGUAGAGCUACACAGUAGAGUUAUGCACAAUCGUUCGUGAAGAAGCAGUGUGAUCCUGAUUUACAGAGAAUGUGAUUUUCCCCUUUACACAGGUUUGAGUUAUGUCAGUCCCUGCAGUGUUGACAGUUAACUCGAAGACAUUUCUCUCAGAAAGACGUUUGUUCUUAAACAGCCAAGGUAAAAUGCUGGAGCUAGAAUAUCCCAGCUUUAACAGCCAGCGAGCAAACGGAAUAUCUAAUUGAGUGGUUUGUAUAAUGUUUGCGUGGAGCUUUUCCCACAAGUCAUUAGCUGUCUGAAAGCAGCCCAGCACUAUGGCAACGCAAUGUAACUCAGAGGCUAAAUAGCUGAGUUGCCAUAUAAAGUGAUGUAUUAUUAAAGCUGAAUAGUGGCUUUUCCACAGCAUUUGAAAAAAAAAUCCACUUACAACUAUAAAUAUACACUGCAGUGUAUCGCAAAAAAAUGCUGAUAAAAUAUUUCUCCCUUUCUCUCUGCUGAUGCCGUUUCCCCCCAUUUUUUAUUUAUGCAAUACUUUUACAUGUCCAAGCAUUUCGUCACGCCCAUAUGCUCCCCACUUUACCUUAAGGGCACAUUAACAGUAGCGUUAUAUAAUUUUGUCUUAUUAUAUUACACGCAUUAGAAUUAUUAUAAUGCAGAGGGGACCAAAGCUUUGAGACCGCAAGAAAUUUUUUUAGCCUUCUUUGAUUUUUAUUUUUUUAAGUAGUUGUAUAGUUAAUAGUUAUAUCUUAUUAUAUACAAUAGGCUUCAUGUUUAUAUGAAAUAUUCAUGUUUUGCCUUUUUUUAACAAUUCAUUGCAACGUGUUUGUAUUAGAAAUUAAAUCAGUGUAACAAUUUGACUGAAAAUAGAGUGUUUGAAAAAAAAAAUAUCUGUCAUUGUAUUUCUUAUUAUACAGCUCUGGAAAAAAUUAAGAGAGCAACACUUUUCAUGCAUGUUGGCAUGUUCUCCUCCACCAGUCUUACACACUGCUUUUGGAUAACUUUAUGCCAAAAUUCAAGCAGUUCAGAUUGGUUUGUUGCUUGUGAUCAUCUAUUUUUCUCUUGAUUAUAUUCCAGUCUUUUAAAUGCUGGGGGUUUGCCUUUGUUUUAUAAUAAAAUAGAUUUUUCUUUAGAAAUGA